AUGAGCGGCGCAGCAAAGAACUUUUCCAAAGCUACCGUGCUCGUCCAAAGCCGUCUCGUCUCCGUCACGUCCAGUCCCGAUGGGCCGUCCGAAGCGACGACCGUUAUCCAUCCCCCUCUACUUUCGUACUGCCUCUGGGAACGACCCAAGCAAGGCUUGCAAACUCCGCCCAUCAGCUUCCCCGCGGGCAUUUCCGAGAGGCCAGAUUCUUCUUCCAUUCUCAUGUCACAGUCAAGGCUUUCUGAAGUCGCCAACGUGGUUUGUCUGUUCCAAUUCUUAUUUUUCUUCCGAGCGUCUGGAAAUCCCUCUGGAAUCCUCGCCUUGGACACCAUUGCUGUAAUCACCUUAUAUUCUGCCGCUUCUCGCUUCAUCAACCUACUACACUACCCAUACCUACAGUUUUACCUACCUCAGUUCCCUCGUCGCCCCUCAACUGUGAUGGACGACUCGGGCUUCUCAAAUUUCCAAUGGUCCUUCAUGGACGAUCUCGGGGGCAGGAGCAGACGAGAAGCUAGGCGGCGCGAGAACGAGACGUUACAGCCCAGCCGUGAUACCGCAUCCCACGAUACGAGAGAACAGCCGCAGCCGCAGCCGCAGCCUCAGCCUCAGCCUCAGCAGGAGAAUCGAGAAACCCCAUCAUCCCAGCCGCCGCCACAAAGGGGAAGGAGACACUAUCCCGUCCGGCAAUGUAGAAUUUGCCUUGAAGAGGUGGAGCCCAAGUUUCCUACCGGGGAGACAGGCACACUGGACGGGCUGAUGGGCUCAGGGUCGAAGCCGGUAUAUAUCUCCGACACCGAUCCCGAGCUGGGCCGGCUCAUCUCGCCAUGCAAGUGCAGCGGAACAGCCAAAUAUGUCCACGAAGGUUGUCUGCAAGACUGGAGGACCGCUGGGUCCAUCGGCGCGGACAAUCCGCACUUCUUUACGUGCCCGACAUGCAAGUACCGCUACAAGGUCGAUCGCCUGUCGUGGGGCAGACGUCUGCAGAGCAAGUUUGCGCGGGUGACCGUCACGCUUUCCAUCUUCGCAUUUUCCAUAUUUCUUCUCGGGUUUGUUGCGGAUCCCAUCUUCCAGUUGUGGUCUGAUCCUGUGGGCACGCUGACUGGAACGGUUGUGAGCGUGCUUGAGGAUAUUGAAGCCACGGCUGAGCCGACAGGUCCACCGCCCGAGAACAUCACCUGGUGGGAACAUUUUGUCAAAGGGUUUCUCUCUCUCGGCAUCAUCGGAUUUCUGAAGCACCUGCUAGCGAUGACUCCCUGGCAAUGGUGGAACGUGAGGAACAGCGGCCUUCUCGGGCCCACGGUCCGCCGCGGAGGUGGCCGGGCACGAGCCGAGAACAUUAGCUGGGCGCUCGUCCUGAUCGGAGCCUUGACCUUUUUCUACUCGAUAUGGAAGGGCGUCAAUUCAGUGAUCAAGACGCUCCUGGAACAGGCAGGCAACCGGGUGCUGGAUGUUGGCGGAGAUGAUGACGAAGGCGAAGACAUCAAUAAUGUUUUCAUGAAUGUUUACGAAUUUGAUAUUCACAGGCCCCCUUCUAUUGCUCAGCUUGCCACGAAGCUUCUCUUCCACAUCGUGUCAACUAGUCUGUGUGCAAAGAUGGAGUCCCUGCUCUGCCCCAUGGAUUGGGCCGUUUUGGCUCAGUCCAACUUGGGGUGGCAGAAGACAUCAGACUCGGUUCGAGUUGCUGGCCUUCGGGCCCAGGCGACCUCUUCCCAUUGUGACCAGACUGGCCCUUUGGCCGAAUUUACUCUGGCCACUGGCGCAAGCUGAUACAUGACAUCAAACAAAAUUACUCUCAUUGUACGAGGUUGCUUCCUCCUUCGGGCAAGCAUAUCCCCGGAGUAGGUCUGUCUUUAAGAAGUAGGUAGUCUUAAGCUGGAACCCCUCGCUUCGCAGAGAGAUCCCAUCACUUGCUAGUCCUAGCCAGAAAUUGAUACGUAC